UUGCAGAAAUUAUUUGUAUUAUGUUCACAAAAUCUAACUUACAAUAUUAUAUAAACAAUGUCACGUUCAGAUACAAAUUGUUUCAUGGCGAAAUAUGUUCAAUGUAUUUUUAUGCUGUUUAAUUUAUGGAGUCCUGUCUUUUCCGUACCAGCACAAAUGGAUAUACCAACGAUAUCGAAUCUCAAAGCAUUUUCUUUUGACGUCGGAUUUACUACGGUUGCCGAUGCUGUAAAAUAUCAUGUCACUGUUUCACCAAAACAUUCAUCGGGUUUUCUUUCCUAUACCGUGACGGAAUCUGGAACUACUAUAACCGGUUUAUCGAGUAGCACACUAUAUCAAGUUUCAAUAAAAGGAGAAAAUUCAACAGGAUUUGUUGGCCCAGAUAGCAAUUUGACCACAAUACACACACUUCCUGAACCACCAACAAUACGAACUAGUAACCAAUUUCCAGAUUCAACAUUUAUUUUCUUUUAUUCGAAAAACUAUGCAAGAGUUUCAGAAUGGACAAUACAAUAUAGAAAACAUGGAUCAAAUACUACAGCUACGGUCACGACAACUACGGGACAAUAUUAUUCGUAUAGGCUAUCCGGUCUAUCUGGUGACACGACUUAUGAGAUUCGAGCAAGAGCUUCAAAACUAAACAGUUCAAUUAUCUUGGCAGAAUCCGAUGUGGAUUUCUCAGCCUGGCAAAAUUUUACUACUAUUCCACAUCUAAUAUUUGGAAGAGUGAUAUUAGACAAUGUUACUUAUACAAUUUCGCAUUCGACUGUAAACAGUCCCGAGUGGAAUUCAUCUUCUGAAACAAUAUCAAGCGCAUACUCAUCCAUACCUAACAAUGGAAUCAGUUUGCUCAGAAUCGAGAACAGAGGUGGAAAUCCAAUUGUUCAUUAUCAAAUGAAAGUCAAAGAUGAGCGGCUACCUUCAACAACAAACUACACACUGACAGGGUCGGGAUUCACGCGUUCAGCGAUUAAUAAUGGAGGACAACCUGUUGGAACUCCAUAUUCUUUCAAUUCGGCACCGUCGGAUACGAGCGUCGCGUUCGGGCUCGCAUAUCGUCCACUUGGUGGUAGUGACUGUAGGAAACUGAUAAAUAGAUAUAUGUUUAUGACACGAGACGACGGGUCUACUACUGAGAUAUCUUUAAAUGUUGUAUCAGCCGAAGGAGCCGCUGCGGAUGAAUCUGAUUCUUUAAUCAUAAACGACAACGGCGUACUUGAGCGGGAUGACGGAGAACUAGAUGAUUCUGUUAAACCGAACGUCGUUAUCGGUCUUGCACCGAAAUUUAGGAUCAUGGAUUGUCUGAGAGAUUCAUCGGACUCCGAUUCUAUUUAUUCUGAGGCAUUAGUAACUGUUGCCAUUGGGACCGAAGAACCAAUAUUUCCAUUCUUCAUCACAACAGCCCCACUACCCAACGUAAUCAAUUCGAGCGCAACGACAUACUCAUCAUCGACUGAUGGAACUUCUCUCACACUAAACAUACCAGCUGUUGACAAAGCAGUCAAAUACGAAAUUUUAAAUGGAACGGCACCCAUUGCUACGCUCAACGAGGCGGAUAUUGAUGGAUCUUCAAGUUUGAAUCUCGCUGUGGAUUCUUUGCAAGAACAGACGACUUACAGUUUUAACAUCAAGGUUACUCUACGUCAACAAGAUGGAGAAACUAAAGAUGUAACAUCUCAGUCACCCAUCUCCGUAAACACAAGUUCCGACCAAUGUGCUAUAUGCGAUGAAAAUGCAAGUUGCAUCAUUCAACUAAAUGGUAACGUUGAAUGCACCUGCAACACAGGGUUUAUUGGAAAUGGUACUACUUGUGAGCGCGUGACAACUACAACAGAAGAGCCGACUCCUCCCAGUUCUACCACUCAGUCGACAACAGAUUCAACAACAGCUGUGGAUCCCACAACACUUCUCAACCCUACCACUACUCCAGCUCCAACAACAAUGCCGCCAACUACCGUAAACCCGACCACAACUGCAUUUCCAACGACCACAUUCAAUCCAACAACCACUAUGGAACCAACAACAACUAUCAACCCUACCACUACUCCACCUCUAGUUCCGACAACAACAAUUAUAACAACUAGUGUGAACCCAACUACAACUACAGAUACAACAACCAUUCCUGAUCCAACCACCAUUCAUGAUCCAACAACCAGUAUAGACCCAACAACAUCUCUCAACUCCACCACUACUCCACCCGCGACCACAACCAAAGAUGCAACAACCACGCCAAAUCCAACAACCCCAUUAGAUUCCACAACAUCUCUCAACCCUAUCACUUCCCUAGCUACAAGUGCGCCUCCAGAUCCAGGUACAGCAGAACAAACUUCCACAUCGAUGGAGCCUACUACAUCGACGGCAUCAGAACCGACCACGACGCCAGAAUGUUCAUACGAAUCAGCUGAAAACACUAAUUUUGCACCUGAGUUAUCAUCCGUAACAGAAAAUUCUAUACAAGUUUCAUGGGCAAAUGCAACCGGCGUAACGACAUUCUCGGUAACAUGGACGUGUUUGAACUGCACAAGCUCUGAUAGAAAUAUGAGAUCAACGACUGGUCAAGAACAGAAUAUCGACGGGCUUGUCGCUGGAAAUCAUUAUGAAGUUUGCGUGACUGGGAAUCUAUGUUUCAACAAUACUUUCAAAUCUGCAACGUUUUGCGCAACCACGCCCACUCUGCCAUCGGCUAUAACCAACGUGGACAUGACAAUAGGUACAACGUCAGCCAUUUUGAGUUGGAAUCGCACGACCGGGGCUGACUAUUUUGUUGUUGAAUUUAACAUCUUAUCCAGACGACGAAGACGAAGUCUUCGUAGUGGUCGUGAUAGAGUUACUGGAAAUUUAUAUACACUCAAUGGAUUAUCCCCCGAUACUUCUUAUUCGUUUUCCUUAUCUCCGGGAAACUCAGCGGGAAUGGGCGCAGCAUACACCAGCCAAUUCAAGACCAGUAGUGUGACAACUACCGUUGAGUCAACACCACCCACCACAGGUAUAUCUACAACACAAACCCACUUCGAUUCCACAACACUUGAACAAUAUUCAACCACUAUGACAAUCCCCGGAGUGUCAACAACAGAAUUUCCCACUGCACCAGAACUUUCGACAACGCCGACAGAAAACCCUACCACAACAGAUUACACGUCGACCAUCCAAACAGAAACAAUCCAUGUGAAUACUACCGCAUCCACAUCUAAAUCAAUCGUAACUACCCCUGACGUGACGACAACAAUCGAAACCACAAAUGCCACAACUACCAUCACAUUUAAUUCCAUAAUUCCCCCUGAAUCGACGACGGGAAGAAGUACUGAAUCAACGAUACUUUCUUCAUCGAUUCCAACCAGUCACAUCAUAACUUCAACGAUGGGAUCUGGGCCAUUUCCCAAGAGUGUUCCGUGGUGGUUCAUCUUAGCAAUGGUUCUCACAUUUUUGAUUUUGAUCGUAUGUGUUGCAGUCGUCAUUCAUUAUUGCAGAAAGCGUUCUCAGCGAAGAGGCUACGCCUAGCGUUCAAUGCAUCGUAAUUCAAGAUGGAAAUGUAGAUUAGCAAUGAAUCUGUUCAUUUGUUUACAAAUUACUAGAUGAGCUGAAUGAAUAAUAUAUAAAACUCCAGUAUGGGAAUAAUUGAACGAUAUAACAUUUCGCGUGCACUCUGCAUGUGCUGUCAUUUAAAAAAAAUCCCUUUCGAGAAGCCAUCUCAACUUUUGGCUUGUUACGAUUUGCCUCAUAGUAAAUAUCGUUCCCUAUUUAUGAUGGAAAUUGGCUGAAUACUAACGACUAGGGUAGUUCAGCAGUUCGGGUUUAGAAAGAUAAUAAUUAUCAGUUUCCCAAUAUACUGAAAUGUAUUUGGUAGUAACCGAUCUUUAAAAAGUGUAGUAUGACACUUGAGUUAAAAUAGUUUAUUUUAUUUUCUUGGCUUUUUGGUUAAGUUUUUUCAUUGUAAUUUUUGACUCUAUACAUGAACUAUACAUAUAACUAACACGAUAUGCUUUCUUUCUACUAACAAUCUAUGCAUUAAAUUUAUCUUUUUCAACCAGUUAAUCCUAAUCAUUUUUUUUUUUUUUGGAUGCAUUUAACCUUUGUAAUGGUUUUUAUGAUUAAUUGC